UCUCUUUCGAUAAAGAACUAUGUUGAAGUGCAGGCGCUAAGAUACGGGGGUCGACUUUUAAGAGUUGAACAGUCGAACCAUAACUACUGGUACUGCUCAAAGACAAAUAAUUAUUUUCUAUACCUGAUUAUGCUAAACUUGAAAAAUUGUGCGCGAGUGGUGUGUUAAUUUUUAUUUUCCCCUUUUUUCCUGUGUUUAUUUAUUUUAUUUAUAAGACACUCGAGGAGAAAAUGUUAAAACGGACCACAAUUGCUCGGACCACGCUGUCCGUUGCUGUUUGUGCACUAUUUAUAGGGAGCUAUAAUCAUGGUAUUAAUGGAUUGCAGUAUCAACCUCUGGAAUAUUACAGUGGUAGUGGAGAAUGUGCCCUAGUCCUCAAUGGUCCUGGAAGAACAAGCACAUUUGAUUAUACUUUCAAUUUGCUUCGAGGAACAUACCCACCGAAUGUUGGUGGACACUCGUGCAUUACUUACGAGGCAAUAAACCAUGCCUAUCUCGAAGCCAAAAAACGAAUUCGCGUUGCCCAACCCAAAACGAAUAUUUGGAAACCAGAAGAAUUGGCAACAGUCGGAGAACUUCUUCUGGAUAUUUCCACUCAGAUCGCCCAAAUGUAUGGUCUUACAAGAGAAGAAAUUGAAACACGCCUUCCUCUGAUCGAUACAUCCAAGACUCUUAUUUACGACGUGUGUCCACCUUUCUUAAAAGAUGUAGAGUGUCGAGCUGGUAAAUAUCGUCGUUUCGAUGGACUCUGCACAAACUUGGAGAACCCUACAUGGGGCGCAUCGUUAUCGCCAUUUGCGAGAUUGCUGCCUCCGCGUUUUGCUGAUGGAAUGUCAGCACCUAGAAUAGCAUCAUCUGGUCGCAACCUGCCUCUAUCACGUAUUGUCUCACGUACCAUGCAUCCUGACGAUGGUUUUCACGAUCACGCUGGUACCGUCAUGGUUAUUGCUUGGGGCCAAUUCAUGGAUCACGACUAUACCCUCACUGCCACUCCACUCGAUCCUUUCAAUCGUAAUGAUCCAGAAGAAUGUUGCAAUCGACCACCGCAUCAAAAGCAUCCCUAUUGUAAUGAAAUCCACAUUCCUGAGGAUGACUAUUUCUAUCGAUUGUUUAAUGUUCGUUGCAUGGAUUUUGUUCGUGCAUUCCCAUCCGUACGUCCUGGCUGCCGUCUUGGUAGCAGAGUCCCUUUUAAUUUACUCACCGGCGUUCUGGACGGAAACACAGUUUAUGGAGUCACCGAUUUUCAUGCAAGAAAACUACGAACUGGCUAUGGGGGACUUUUAAGAAUGAAUCCAGUGUUUUCUGAAUAUGGACUCAAGGAUCUUUUACCUCUCAAGUUGGAUAUUCCCGAUGAGGGUUGUACACGACCUAACGAAUCGAUGUUCUGCUUCGAGGCUGGGGAAAUUCGAGUGAACGAACAAUUGGUGCUGGCCUGUAUGCAUACGCUUAUGGCCAGGGAACACAAUAGAGCAGCAAAAGCUUUGACCCAAGUGAAUCCUCACUGGGAUGAUGAAACACUUUUCCAGGAAUCUCGACGCAUCGUUAUUGCAGAAAUACAACACGUGACUUAUAACGAAUUUCUUCCUAUUCUAUUAGGCAAAGAUGUCAUGGAGAAAUUUGGAUUGAUACUUCAAAAAGACGGGCAUUGGGAUGGUUAUGACUCGAAGGUCAAUCCAUCAGUGAUUGACGCGUUUGCCUCAGCGGCUUUCAGAUUUGGUCAUUCUCUAUUGCCAACUGCUGUUGAAAGAUGGAGCAAGGCUCAUAAAUUUAUCGCUUCAAAGAGAUUAUCCGAUCUCAUCAGGAGACCUUAUGAUCUAUACCGAGCUGGUGUCAUCGACGAAUAUUUCAUGGGACUGAUGAAUCAGGUUGCUCAGGCUAUGGACGAUUCUAUUACUCAAGAAGUGACGAAUCAUCUUUUUAAGAAAGUUGGCGCUAAAUUUGGCAUGGACUUGGUAUCCUUCAAUAUGCAACGUGGUCGUGAAUUCGGAAUACCCAGUUACAUGGAAUUCAGGAAAUUCUGUGGACUUCCUGGAGCAAGCUCUUUUGAAGAACUCUUUGGAUCAAUGCCAAAUGAAACUAUUCGACGAUACAGCUCCAUUUUUGAGCAUCCAGACGAUGUUGAUCUUUGGUCAGGAGGAGUAUCGGAAAGACCUCUGCCAGGGAGCAUGCUUGGACCUACUUUCGCGUGUGUCAUUGCAACACAAUUCAGUAACUCAAGACGUGGUGAUCGAUUUUGGUUUGAACUUCCCAAUCAGCCAUCGUCCUUUACUCCUGAACAAUUGACUGAACUGCGGAAAACGAGACUAGCUCGAUUAAUCUGCGACAAUACGGAUCUAAUUGACACCAUCCAAAUAUAUCCCAUGGUACUACCCGACCAUGAAAUAAAUCCUCGUGUUCCUUGCCGAACUGGUAUUCUACCUGGAAUCGAUUUUUCCAAAUGGGCCGAAUUUCCAAAUAGAGCAUCUCAAUACGUGAGUAAUGUACCAGGACAAUAUGGCUUUUUGGGUAAAUAAUUGUAGAAAUUUUUGUCACAAAAGUAGAUAAUGAGCACUGUUUAUGAUAAGUGAGUGAUCGAAUUAAAAUUAAUCUGAUCAUUUUCCAGGAGAAAAAUAUAUUUAGCUAGCCUUUAAAUUAUUUUUCUAUCUGGAAAGUCAAUGAAUUUUAAAUACAAGACGGUAUUUCUUCUUAUGGUAACAUAAGAUUGAAGUCAAUCCACAGAUGUAGUAGAGUAGUCUGUAAUUAUUUCGUUUAGCAAUCUGAGACAAAUUGCUAAAUUGAUAAAAUAACAUUUAACAUUUAUUAUCUUAUGAUAAUACUAGACAAGUUAGAAAUAUCAAGUAAACAGCAGUUUGCAAUUCCGAAUCAAGUCACAUUUUUUAUUAUUGUAUUUGCCAUCGUUUGUAACUUGAAACAGAUAAUUUUUUUUUAAAUUAGCUAAUUUUUAUAAAAUGUAUACAAAAUCCAAGCCUUGUAUAUUUUUAAAAAUUGAAUUUUCAGUUUGGUAUAAAAAAAAUUUAGAUUUAGUUUACUAUAGUUAGUGAAUUAAUAAUCCAGAUGGGCUAGAAUGUUGCCAGUUUUAUACUUGACGGGCAUUGCCACAAUAUUUUUUUGAAAAUACUUGAAGAUAUUGGUAAAGUUUUUUUUAAAAACCUUGAUAAUCAAAAAAACACGACUGACAAUUUCAAAUUUCCGUUUAUAUAAUUGUAACACGUUUCGAAGAAAGGUACCGAAGUUAUUUACUUCCUAGGUAUCUUCGCGCGUAUCUAUCACAUUUUUUUAAGUUUUAUGAUCAGUGACUUGCCAUAUGUUUACGAUAACUAUGUAUAUUUAUAUUAAGUAGCAAUUUAGUAAUUAGGAUAAACAAUUGUUUUAUUGAUUCUGCCAUAGUAAAUAUAGAUUAUGAGUAACUGAAUAUUUUGUUUGUGGCAAUUUCGUUAUGGUUAAAAUAAAACAGCUUUCUGUAGAAAAAUCAAACUUAAAAGGUUCUUAGAGUAAUAGACAAACAUAAAUUAUCAUUUACUAUUAAA